AUGGCAGAAAGAGUGGUUGACGAAGUUGACGAAGGACAAAGCGUCGUGUACUAUAUGCCACAUCAAGCCAUUUUGAGAGAAUCUAGUAGUACGACUAAGACUAGAGUGGUGUUCGAUUGCUCAUCCAGUUGCGGCUCAACAAAAUCGCUUAACCAGUGCCUAGAAGCUGGACCGAACUUAAAUCCGGACGUCGUGGGAUUACUGCUGAAUUUCCGGGUCCAUAAGAUCGCCUUGGUGGCCGAUGUAGAAAAAGCCUUUUUGCAAAUAACCGUGAGGGAAGAGGACAGAAACGCCUUACGGUAUUUGUGGUAUGAGACAAAACCAGAAGCGGGAAUGCCACUACCACCGGUAGAAAGCUGGAGGAUGACGAGGGUUCCCUUCGGCACGACGGCAAGCCCGUUUUUGCUCGCGGCUACUUUGCGCAGCCACUUCAAGAUGAUGGAAGAGGAAUAUCCAGAAACAGCACGACUCCUUAGUAGCCACAUGUACGUGGAUGAUCUUAUAACCGGAGCAAAUGACGUACAAGAAGCACAGAAGAUCGCAAAAGAAGCGACGGCGAUCUUGGAACAAGCGAAAAUGAGGCUGCAUAAGUGGGCACAAAUCAUAGCGACGUGGCGCGAGUCCCUCCACGCAGAGUCGGGCGAACGAGCAUUGGGUGAUCCCAAAGAUAUGCAGAAAGUGUCUAGGAAUAUCGUGGUUGCCGGACACGGACGUUUUAACAUUUGGCAUGAGCGACUUGUGGAGUCUACACCAUGA